AUUUGAUGUAGAUGUCAUUUUGGUGUAAAAAGAUUUCAAAUCGCAGAAUUGGAACCAGAAGAAAAAAUUGAGAAGAAGUACCACAAAUAUAAUUAAUGUGUGAAAGUCAAUGAAUACAGCUCUAUAGAUAUACUCAUUCCUUCUACACAUCAUGGGUUCAUCAGCUUCAAAGUCUUCCUCGAGGAAGUUAACCAAAGUACUAUCUGAUACACAAUCUCAGAUCGUACCUAAAAUUAAUAGAACUACUAAUAUAAAUCAAUUACCUCCAAUAAAGUUACAACAAGAGUUUGAACAACAACAACAACAACAACAACAGCAACAGCAACAAGAGCAAGAUAACGUUGAUCAAAGUUUCCAAAGUUCAAAUAAACCAUCUAAUGUAAAGUUUGAUGCUAAGCUGUUAACUUCAAAAUUAAAUAAAAAGCAUCAACAAUCUCAACAACUUUUUCAACCUGGUAAAGAUGGUCAAGAUCCUCAUUUCACAGGAACAUCAACUUACGAUACCAAUUCUACCUCCAUUAAAGAUCAAAGUUUCAUAGAUUCAAUCACAAGAUUAGGUAAACAGAUACAUUCUACGUCGAUGACUUCACCAGUUAAUAUUAAAGAAUCAAUGGCAUUAAAACAAUUAAAACAUAGAAAAGAAAUAUUCAAUCAAGGAGAACAAGAAUUAUUACUAUCGAAGGAUCCUAAUUCCUUAACUGAUAAAGAAAAACUUUCCAUAAGUGAUAGGUCCAAUAAAGAGAUCAUCCGUACGAUGGUUCAUCCUCGUACUCUUGUUGAAAUCGUGAAUGAUUUACAUGAUCCUCGUGUUGUAUCUAAAGGUUCAAUCGCUUUGGAUUAUCAAUUACAUCCUAAUUUUGUCAAUGAAUUAGGAAUGAGAUUUAAAGUGGCGAAGAAUAUGGUGGUUAUGGACGAAGCACUUAAAGAUGGUGAAAUUGGUCAUAAGGCAAGUCCAGUAAUCAGACAGAAAGUUAAUCCAGAUCAAGAAAAGAUAAUGCCACAGAAGAAAGAUAAUAGUAUUAAUAGUCAAGAUGAAAAUGAAUUUCAUACCGAAGAAACUAUGGAUAAUCUCAGACUUAAGAAAUUGAAGGAUAGAAUUAGUUUAGAUGAUUAAGAAGAAAAGUUUUGCAAAUGAUUAAUGGUAAAUAGAUAGGUUUGUACAUAGUUUUUUAAUAUCCCCAUCAAAUAUUUAUUUUUGAUAGUUUGUCGUCACCUCUAUUACAGAUAUUCAAGUAGUUACGCUGUGUAAGACAAAAAGGUCUU